GUAGCGAGGCGGCGGCGCCGCAGUGCUCCCUCCAGGGCCGGUAGGAUAGGGUUGCCCCCAACCCUGGGGUGCUUCCGGCAGAACACCCUCAACACACACACACACACACACACACACACACACACACACACACUCGCACGCUCCGACCGAAUCCAGGGCUCUAGGGGCUAAAGAAAUCAAUGGAAGUGAAGCCAGCACCAGAACCCUGUUCCCUGCAGGACCCUGACAGUUGGACAGGUGACCUCCAGAAUACAGACGGAGAGUCUCCAGAGACAGAGGCUUUAGUGGACGAAAUUCGCAAAAUAACCAACUCAGAUCCUUAAAAGGAGAGAGAAGAAACAGUGGACGCAGCUAACCUCUUCAAACCCACACUUCAUCCCCCUACCCCUUUCCCUUCCAGGUCACCAUGUCUGCAGGCAACGGCACCCCUUGGGGGUCAGCAGCGGGGGAGGAGAUCUGGGCGGGAUCAGGAGUAGAGGUGGAGGGCGCAGAGCUGCUCACCUUCUCAGCUGCCGGCAAGGUCCGAGUGGGAGUGACUGUUGCGCUGUUUGUUUCUUCGGCUGGAAGGAACCUGGCCGUGCUGUGGUCAGUGACACGGCCGCAGCCCAGCCAGCGCCGCCCCUCUCCGCUUUCCUGCCUGUGGUCAUUGGGCUCGACCGUCAGGCAGCCGUACUCCACCCGCUUGGACCCCGCUCAACUGGAAGGAAACUUCUGGGGGCAGCCUGGGGACUCCUUUUCCGGCUUGCCUGGAAGAAUCACAGACACAUCAGGAAAAUAAUUUCAACUGAAAAUGUUGGUGAGGGAAAAAAAAAAAUGUUGGUGAGCUGGUAGAG